AUGUCAGCCAAAGAAAAUGCAGAUCAACUAGAAAAAAUGUUGAAAGCUGAGGAAAAAGAGCAGGAAAGUCUCACUCAGGAACUUCAAGAAUUAAGAUCCUUGAAGUAUCGAAAGGAGCAAGAAUUGAUAACACUGCAGAAUGAAUUGAAAUUUGUAGAAGCCAAAGUCAAGAACAAUCAAACAGCCAUACGGAAUAUGAACCAUAAAAUCAAUAGACUUGACCAAGAUGCAUUAAAACAGGAAGGAAUGCUUUACAGUCAGGACCUUAUGAUUGAGAAUUUGAACCGACGUGUUGCACGCAUGCAGGGACAAGUUAAAACUGAAGAGAUGAGUCAGUAUAAAAGCAAAAUUGAAACUUUGAAUAAAGAAUUGGAAGAGAAGGAUUCAAAUCAUAAAAUACUUGAAUUGCAACUAAAUAAGUUAUGCGAUGAUGUUGUGAAGCUGGAAGUUCAUAUCAAGAGGCACUCUGUUGAAAUGAACACUCUGCAUACCAAGAUUGAUGAACUUCAACUUCAUAAUGACAGCUCAGACAAACUACUCAAGAAACUGAUCAGAGAUAAUCAGGAAUUACUGGUAAAAGAAAAUAUGGAGAAAUUAACUGUGAAACGUCUUCGAGACUCUUUGUAUGAUAAAGCUUAUCAAGUGUUAAGCCAGGAAGAAAGAAAACUUCAAAUUGAAACAACAAUGAAGGAACGCCAACAUGAGAUCAACAUUCAUAAGGACAUGUUAAUGUCACAGAUUAAGUUUGCUGAAACAGAAAGGCAAGAAAUCAGUUUGGAAUACCAAGAACGAAAGGCCAAGAUAGGUAAACUGCAAAAUCGGUAA